UCAAUUAGGAAAGAGUAAUAAUGUAAAAUCUCAACUCAUCGAAGUACUAAACCAACUGCAGACACCACCGUCACCAAACCAGCCUUCAAAAAUCCACCAUCGGAGUUCAAUUUGCUCUUUUGAAGCUUCCCCUCUCAUCCUGCCUAAUUGCCUGCGACUUCUCUUCUUUCUCCCGAGUUCUCCAUCGCUUACAAUUCUUUAUCUUCCUCUUCAUACCGCCACUACUGAUUCUUGCUUUGAUUGCCCACAGUUUUCCAAAACCUGCAGUCUUUUCUUGAAAAACCCACCUCGAGAAACUUAUAUAUAUCGCCUUCACAGCCCUCAAACCCCACAAUUGAUCAACUCUCUUGUUUGUAUCUUAAACCCCAUUUUCUAAAGUUCUGAUCUUUGUAACGUUUAUACAUUUUACAUGGAUGCUGCUAAUCAACUCGGUUCAACUGCACAUCCCAGCUCGAAGCCAGCUGUUGUCCAUGCCAGCGCCUUCACAGGGACUCUGGGAUGCCAUUUGGCUCGGCGACUGGUGGAGAUCGGCGUCAGUGAUGUCUUCUCGGUCCCUGGAGACUUCAACUUGACACUUUUGGAUCACCUGAUUGCAGAGCCCGGGCUGAAUUUGAUCGGUUGCUGUAAUGAACUGAACGCUGGAUAUGCUGCCGAUGGCUAUGCUCGUUCCAGAGGCGUAGGUGCCUGUGUGGUGACUUUUACUGUGGGUGGUCUCAGUGUGAUCAAUGCAAUCGCUGGUGCUUAUAGUGAGAAUUUGCCCGUGAUUUGUAUCGUCGGCGGCCCCAAUUCUAAUGAUUAUGGAACUAACCGGAUUUUGCAUCACACUAUUGGGUUGCCUGAUUUUAGCCAAGAGCUCAGGUGCUUCCAGACAGUCACCUGUAUUCAAGCAGUAGUGAAUAACUUGGAUGAUGCACAUGAGCAGAUUGACACUGCAAUUUCUACUGCUUUGAAAGAAAGCAAGCCCGCUUAUAUUAGCAUAAGUUGUAAUUUGCCUGGAAUUCCUCAUCCAACCUUCAUCAGGGAACCUGUGCCUUUCCUUCUUGCUCCUAAGGUAAGCAAUCAAUUAGGAUUAGAGGCAGCUGUUGAAGCAACUGCUGAAUUUCUGAAUAAAGCUGUGAAACCCGUCAUCGUGGGGGGACCUAAAUUAAGGGUGGCAAAGGCGCAGAAGGCUUUUGUAGAGCUAGCAGAUGCCAGUGGGUAUCCAGUUGCUGUUAUGCCCGCAGGCAAAGGGCUAGUUCCAGAACAUCAUCCACACUUCAUCGGGACAUAUUGGGGUGCUGUCAGCACUUGCUUCUGUGGGGAGAUAGUGGAGUCUUCUGAUGCCUAUGUUUUUGUUGGCCCUAUUUUCAAUGAUUACAGUUCUGUUGGAUAUUCCUUGCUGGUCAAGAAGGAGAAAGCAAUCAUAGUGCAGCCUAAUCGUGUGACUAUAGGCAAUGGCCCUUCUUUUGGCUGUAUAUUUAUGGCUGACUUCUUAAGUGCGUUGGCCAAGAAGUUGAAAAAGAACAGCACAGCCAUGGAAAAUUACAGACGCAUCUUUGUACCUCCAGGUGUCCCUCUGAAGUGUGAGAACAAUGAACCCCUUAGGGUCAAUGUACUCUUCAAACACAUUCAGCAAUUGCUAAGCGGAGAAACUGCGGUAAUUGCUGAAACUGGAGAUUCAUGGUUCAACUGUCAGAAACUCCGCCUCCCUGAGAAUUGUGGGUAUGAAUUCCAGAUGCAGUAUGGAUCCAUUGGAUGGUCAGUUGGUGCCACCCUUGGGUAUGCUCAGGCUGCCAGAAAUAAGCGUGUGAUUGCUUGCAUUGGUGACGGAAGUUUUCAGGUAACAGCUCAGGAUGUUUCAACAAUGAUCUGUUCGGGACAAAGGAGUAUAAUAUUCCUCAUCAACAAUGGGGGUUAUACUAUUGAAGUAGAGAUUCAUGAUGGCCCCUACAACGUGAUCAAGAACUGGGAUUACACCGGCUUUGUCAAUGCCAUCCACAACGGUGAAGGCAAAUGCUGGACAGCAAAGGUCCACACGGAGGAUGAACUGACAGAGGCAAUUGCAACAGCAACAGGAGAACAAAAGGAUUCUCUAUGUUUCAUUGAAGUUUUGGUGCACAUGGAUGACACUAGCAAAGAGCUGCUGGAAUGGGGUUCUAGAGUUUCUUCUGCAAACUGCCGUCCCCCAAAUCCACAAUAAGAUUUGCAUGUUUGUCUCUCUUUUCUGCUUGUCUGGAGCCCCGUGAUUAUAACUAUUGUGUGAUGUACAUUAAAUUUUGUGGUGGUUGCGGAAAGAGUUCAAGAUGAUCAAGAAUAUGAGCAAUUUAGAUUUGUGUUGACGUGUUCUAUGUCACGUGCAAAGUUCAUAGACAAGUUGCUCUGCUAGACCUCUUAUCCUGUUUGCUGACUUUAAUGCAUUAAUAGCUCAUACUUCUAAACAA